AUGGUGAACAAUUUCUCCCAGGCUGAAGCUGCGCAGCUCUGCUAUGAGAACGUGAAUGGAUCCUGCAUUAAAAUUCCGUACUCCCCGGGUCCUCGAGCAAUUCUGUAUGCAGUCCUUGGUCUGGGGGCCGUGCUGGCAGUGUUUGGAAACUUACUGGUUAUUAUUGCAAUCCUCCACUUCAAACAGCUGCACACACCUACAAACUUCCUGAUCGCCUCUCUGGCCUGCGCUGACUUCUUGGUGGGCGUGACCGUGAUGCCCUUCAGCACGGUGAGGUCUGUGGAGAGCUGCUGGUACUUUGGGGAGAGUUACUGUAAAUUUCAUACAUGUUUCGAUACUUCCUUCUGUUUCGCUUCUCUGUUUCAUUUAUGCUGUAUCUCUAUUGAUAGAUAUAUCGCCGUGACUGAUCCUCUGACCUAUCCAACCAAGUUUACUGUGUCGGUGUCAGGAAUAUGCAUUAUUCUGUCUUGGUUCUUCUCUGUCACGUACAGUUUUUCGAUCUUUUACACCGGGGCCAACGAAGAAGGGAUCGAGGAAUUAGUAGUUGCUCUCACCUGUGUAGGAGGCUGUCAGGCGCCGUUGAAUCAAAACUGGGUUUUACUUUGUUUUCUUCUGUUCUUUAUCCCCACCGUUGCCAUGGUGUUUUUAUAUGGUAAGAUAUUUUUGGUGGCUAAACAUCAGGCUAGAAAGAUAGAGAGCACAGCCAGCCAAGCUCAGGCCUCUUCAGACAGCUACAAGGAAAGAGUAGCAAAGAGAGAGAGAAAAGCUGCUAAAACGCUGGGUAUUGCUAUGGCGGCGUUUCUCGUAUCUUGGCUGCCGUACAUUGUUGAUGCCGUGAUUGAUGCUUACAUGAAUUUUAUAACUCCUCCUUAUGUUUAUGAGAUUUUAGUGUGGUGUGUUUAUUAUAAUUCAGCGAUGAACCCCCUGAUAUAUGCUUUCUUUUACCCAUGGUUUCGGAAGGCAAUAAAACUUAUAGUAAGUGGGAAAGUCUUAAGGAGUGGUUCCUCAACAGUUAACUUAUAUUCUGAGGAAGCAGGCAUAGAUUGA